AUGGGCGGGGGCCUCCUGGCGGCGGCAUCCAGCCUGAGGGUUGAACUAUUCAAUGGGGUGGGCCGUUUAGCUGAAGGAUUCAUACAUAAAGUUGACAAAGGUGGCUCAGAUGUUGAGUUAUUAGAGGAUGCUAGGAUCAUAGCUCCUCAAGGCAUCCAAUGGCAUGUCUUUGCUGCGUUUGGGACACUGAAAGGCGGACGUGCGGAUUGGCUUAUAGAGAAAUGUACUGAACUUGGAUCUUCUAGUGUUACCCCUCUCUUGACAGAACGAUGUCACACAAUAGCGGAAAAUCAGGUGGACAGGCUGCAACGCCUUGUGCUGGCUGCAGUUAAACAAUGUAUGGAGUUUGGGUAUCACCUCCGUUCUUGGCCUGUUAAACAAUGUAUGGAGUUUGGGAGCCUGUUAAAUGAUUUUGUAAAGUGUUUGCAAAUAUGUGCAAAACAUAAUAACAUGUGUAGGUUUUGUGAAUGAUUUUGUUGUGGUGCUUGUUGAUGGUUUAUGUGAUGUGGAUCUAUCAUUGUGCAAUACUAAUUAAAUUUGUA